AUGCUUCUGCCCGUUCCGACCAUCGCCUCGCUCCUCGCCGCGGCCCUAGCCCUCAACCUGCACUACGUCCUCCUCGGUCGUCCGUUUCUCGAGGGUCCGCUCACCUCCCGCCCGGUGCUGGCCGCGGGCAAUGCGGCCGUCGGUAAGCUGGUGAGGCGCACGCUGACCAGAGAGGGCGUGCCCGAGCCAGACCGGACUGAGACAUACUCAGAUGGCACCUCGAGCGGCCGCGUCGACAUCUACGAGCCCGAGGCGGAGAGCGUCUCUCUGGGCGAGCCUCGCACCGCCAUCGUCUACUUCCACUCGGGUGCUUUCAUUGCGGGCCACCGCAGCUUCGGGGCUGGUGUGUGCGGCUUCUUCGCGUCGCACGGCGCGGUCUGCCUGUCCGCUUCUUACCGCCUGACCAACAGCGGUGAUGGCGUGGCCGGCUGCAUCCAAGACGCGUGGGCCGUGCUUCGCUGGACGCGGGCCAAUGCGGGGCGCCUCAACAUUGACCCAUCGCGGGUGGUCGUCGCCGGGGACAGCGCGGGCGGCCUGCUGGCCACCUCCCUGGGAACGGGCCUGCGUGUUGGAGCGGGCAACUGGCCUGUGACGACGCUCGGCUCGCGCAGCUACGUCCCGACGCGCACAGCUGAGGGCGCGUGGGAGGCCACCGGGGCCGGUGACGACUUUCCUGUCGAGAGCGCAUUCGUCCCGUCCGAGUACGGCGACUCCGCCGAGAGGACGCAGGCGCGGCUCCGGCAGGUCCUCGCGGGCCGUUUCCUCCUCUUCGGGCGCCGCCUCGGCGGGCUUCUGCCCCAACCCGCAUACCCCUCCGAUGAUGCGGCGUCCGUGUCGCCUCUCUGGUUCGCGUCGAGGCCAAAGCUGCCUCCGAUGCUGCUGCUGACGGGCGGAGCGGACCAGGUCGUGCCGUGUGACCAGACGACUCGCUUUGCAGAGGCGGCUCGCGGCGCCGGGAAUGACGUCACGCAGCUCAUCUUUGAGGAGGCGGGUCACGGCGGCGGCGCCGUGAAUUGCGCUGCAGGGCGUCGCGCGACACUCGACUUCCUCCGCUCCAACGGCCUGCUCACCGGGCCCGAGAGGGAGUCGGACGACCCGCGCGACGCACUCGGCGGGACGAUGAGAGCCUUCAAGCUGCAGGCUGUCGAGUACUCGCCGCCGCCGCUGCCGCUUCGCCCGGCGGCGACGCUCAGACUGCGGCCUCGCCUGAUGCCAAAGUGA